AUGACAUUCUCACAUAUCGAUCAAUUCAUAAAUGAUUAUCGCAACGAAAAAAAUACACGCAAACUCCUGCCAUACCGUGAAGAAACGGUGAGUCAUUUGCGAGAGCUGAUUAAAUCUCAGGAAGAGUAUGUGGGUUCACUGGGGGAGCACAAAUUGCUUAAAGCGUUAUACGAACAAGAACUGGAAAGGAUAAAAUACGUUUUAACAGACUAUCUGAAAAUUCGCCUGAUGAAACUGCAAAAGAACUUUUAUAUCGACAGCGAGUACCUGUCAGAGUAUGAAAGGGUGUUCUACCAGAAAUUAGUUGAUAAAUUCAAGGAAUACGAUGUAUUUGUGGAACAGAAGGAGGAAUACGAUGAUUAUGAAUGCGUAGGUUUCAUCGCAUUGGUAGACAUCGGCAACAUAGUGAUCGACAGCAAUCGAGUAGAUGUGCUUGCAGGUGAUUUUUUCGUUGCCCAACUAGCGGAUGUUAAGCAUUUAUUGCUAGAUCGUAAAAUCAUGUUGGUGUAAUCCGGCUUGUGAUAAACUACCCAAAGAACGAUAAAUAAUGCUGCCAAUAGCACUUUAGAACACCUUGCAUGUUUUGUAAACUCA